AUGACGAUGUACUUCCAGGACGGUGCGCCAAAGCGUGUGGCGCCGUGGGGGAUGGUGAUCAGCAGGGUGGAGCGCCGGCACGCUGGCGGCGGCAGCGGCAAGACGCUGUCGCCCCAGGAGCUGUCCGACUGCGACGACAUCGCCACCGCGCUCACCGUCGACCCCUACCUGGGCUUCAACACGCACAAGAUGUGCAUCAGGUACCGGCCGCCGCGCUGCAACAAGGACGUGCUGCGCAACAUGAUCUUCUCGUUCAUCAAGGACCAGAACUACGAGGAGACGUACGAGCGGCUGGAGCGCUCCGAGGCCAUGCACCAGCUGAUGGCCUUCUAUAAGCACCGGGUCAACCGGGAUGACCUGCGGGACCACAUAAUGCGCUUUCUGGGCGUGCUGGACGUGGAGUCCGGGAUCUCGAUCAUGGGCUGCAGCCGGUACUCGCUGGAGGAUAACGCCGGCGCCCGGGUCUGCUCCACCAAGGCGUGGGGCCGGAACGAGGAAAUCCAGUUUUUAGUGGGUUGCAUCGCUGAACUUUCGGAGGAAGAAGAGAACCACUUUCUUCACCCGGGCAAGAACGAUUUCUCAGUCAUGUACAGCACGAGGAAGAAAUGCGGCCAGCUUUGGCUCGGCCCGGCGGCCUACAUCAACCACGACUGCAAUGCCAACUGCACGUUCGUGGCCACUGGCAGGAACACGGCGACGGUGCGCACCCUGCGCGAGAUCGAACCCGGCGACGAGGUUACCUGCAACUACGGCGGCGACUUCUUCGGCGAUAACAACUGUUACUGCGAAUGCGAGACCUGCGAGAGGCGGCAGACGGGCGCGUUCGCCAAGAAGGACGCGGACCAGCAAUCGGAGGGCUACAGCUGCGCUACUCGACUGACUCUGCGCAUGAAACGCAGUCCGGCCGGCGACGACGUCAGCGAGUCGGCGAGCAGCCACUUCAGCGACGACAGCGCCACCAGCGGCGAGGUGCAGUACGAGGUGCUGCGCGUCGAGGGCGUCGGGGAGCUGCCCACCGCCACUCCCACGGAGAUUCGUCCUGAAUGA